CUCCCCCUUCUUCUUCCCCAGUCCCCACCACAAUGGCCAUCUUUAAAUGUUGAUGGUCUUCAUCAUAUUCUUCUAGAAGAAAGAAAAUCAGAAACCAAUGGAGUUCAUCACUUCAGAGACGUCAUCAAUGGCGGAUUUUGACCUGGAAACCCCAUUUCCAACUCCCCAUGGUCCCGACCUUCCUUCAGACACCCCCAACUAUUACCUUUUCAACGUGGAAUCUGAUCACAUGCCUGCGCCAACCUAUCACCGGAGCCUCGUCUCCGGCGCCGGAGCUUUUUUCGUCGACACCCGCCGGAAAAUCAUGUCUCUCGUUCUUCGACUUUCCCGUCACUAUGGCGCCGUCACAAGCUAUCUCGCCCUGAAUUACGCCGACCGGUUCCUCUCGUACCAUCCCUUUCCGGAAGAAAAGCAAUGGUUCUUGAAUCUUGCUGCAGUUUGUUGUGUCAUAUUGGCUUUGAAGAUGACAAAAACAGAGUUUUCAAUUUCUGAGAUUCAGCAAGAUGCUGGUGCCAUAUUUGAUAUGCAAAACAUUGAGAGAAUGGAGAAGUUGAUUCUCGGAACGCUGAGCUGGCGAAUGCGGUCCGUGACUCCAUUUUGUUUCCUUGAUUUCUUUAUCUCGACCUUCGGGCUCGAGGGCCCGCCACCAAGGCGGGCCCUCAAGGCAAGGGCGAGACAGAUCAUCUUCGAAACCCAAACCGAAGUCGAAUUAUUGAAGUUCAAGCCUUCUUUGAUCUCCGCGGCGGCUCUCCUCUCUGCCUGUGAUGAGCUCUUCCCUCUACACUUUCACUGCUAUAAAGAAACAACCUUUGACACAACAUAUCUAAAUGCUGAUGACUUAUUGAUGUGUUACAGUGUGAUUCAAAACAAGUUGGGAACAUAGUGAAGGAGCUGCCACACUAAUAAAGAACAGAAAUUGGC